AUGUACCGCAUUACCUAUUGGCUACUUUAUGGUCACUACUGUUACUCGCUCGCUCUGGGCACAUUACGUUUCCGUUAUGAUUUCAACAGCAACAAAGUGCACAUCACACCAUUCAUAACAUAUUACAGCGCUGUUAUGAAUGUGCUGGCUUUAACAACAUUGCCUUGGACUUACUACACAGCUGUAUGCACGUUGCUGCGAAACGAGCGUGUGGGCCGCUUGCUCCUCUAUGUCUUCAUAGCAGCCAAAACCCUGCGUUUACUGGCUGUGGCGCUGGUCAUCGUUUACAAUUGGCAGCGGCGUCGUGAUAUCUUGAAGUUUAUACGGGAUAUUAACCAUUUGCGUUACGUUUACUUCUCACGUUUUCCAGUACCAUUCGAGUGGCAACGACGCUUCGAAGUGAAGAUCAUAAAAAACAUAAUCUCUGGUGUACUCGUCGAUGCCUUAAGGCUCAUCACAGUAAUUGGUGUGAAUAAAAAUCAGAUGAACGUGCCCUUCAUCAUCAGCAACGUGUUGUUCUCUCUCAUCUCCAAUAUUCUAUAUUUGAAUAUGAGUCACUACUAUUUUGCUCUGCGAACCAUUACACUCUUCGGGAAUGUAUUAAAUCGCCAAUUCGCCGAUAUUAUUAAAGCUGCGAAAUCCGUGACACAUCUACGAGAUCAGCAGCUCUGCCGAAAGCAAUUCAAGGCGCGCUGUCUCACAUUAAGCCGCGAGCUAGACGAAUUGGCGUUGGUGCAUAUACAGCUGCAGAGCUUGGCCUUACGCAUAAAUGACAUAUUGAAAUGGCAAGGUGUGGGCGUGCUGCUCAAUAUGUUCAUUUUAAAUAUAUCUUUAAUACACACCAUUUAUUCGGUGUUAUGGGUCGGUGAGUUCACAAUAAGUCAAUAUGGCUGGGUGUCUGUAUUGAUGGGCGUCUAUUAUCUGGUCUACACUGUCGACAUGGUGGAUUUUUUGAUUACGACACUCGAACACGUGGGUGUAUUUCACAAGACUUCUGCACUUUUAGAGCUACAUACUAACCUGCCGCAGAUGGACAAGGAGUUCGAACGAAGUGUAGAGAGCUUUCAGCUGCAGCUGUCGAUUAACGAAUAUCAUUUGAGUUUAUUGGGUUUAUUCAAUUUCAACAGCGAAUGUGUGUUCUCAAUGUUUGCUUCGGUGGUGGUUAACUCUAUUUUAAUAAUACAAUUUGACUAUCAAUAUUUCCAGUAA